AGGUAUUUUUAUAUCACUCAGCAACAGUUUUUGUCUUAAUUAGCACAACUCGUUUCUUGAUGAUAUAGUUUUUAUUUGGUCAUGUUGAAUGUCAGCACUUACAUGUGCAGGUUAGGGGUGCAUUGAGGGGCUUUUCCUCUAGUUACAGUAGUUAGCUUAUUUAACAACUUCUGUGUAAGUCCUGAUGUAAUAGCAGCAUCAUUCUGUAAGAUGGAUGGCCGAUAGUUUUCAGAACAUGGAGAAACCAAUGUGAUUCAUGUAAACACUGAAAUACUCCAAACAUAGAGCAUUAAUGCCUUAAAGUAAGUCUUGUCCAUCUCAUUUGCAUUACAGCCUUAAAGUUUUACAACUUUCAACAUGUACACUUUCUGCAACAAUGAUAUAAUCAUUUUUUGCUUUAACAGUCAUGUCUGAGUCAUUUUAAAUGUAAGCAUCACUUUUUAAACUGAUUAAAGAAGAGAAGCAGUUUGUCUUUAAAUUGCUUUAAAGGUUUAGAUAAUAAAUCAUUUUAUACGUAAAGACUGGAAUCACAUGGCACAUAGAAUAUGGGGUAUGCAUAAAAAUGUGUCUGCAUUAGUGUUUACACAAACAGUUUCUGGAGGCUGUCCAUUUUCAUUUGGCUUCAAUCCAAAAUGUGCCAACAGCAAUUCUGCAGUGUUAAAGUUUGCAUUCAAAUCCAUGACAUUAUGUCAAUGAAGACUCAUCGAAGAGCAAUCAGUCAGAAGGUAAACGCCUUGAGGCAAAUACGAGUUGGCACUAAUUCUCCACUCAGAUGCCAAUAAACCGUAGAAGAUGAAGGAGAUCCUACAGGAAGGGUCACGGUGUAACUUCAGUAUCUCUAAAACAAGAUGAAAGUACAACCGGAGUGUAUCUUUUAUUAGUUUGUUUUUAUACAAUGAAUGAUAACACCAUAUGUGGUAGUAUUAAAUAAUUGGGUUUGUCUCGGUUUAUCGUGACACAACAAAUCUUUAAUAACUAUGAAAGUUGAGUGAUGGCUCUGCUUAAUAUCUAGGAUCAACACGACGUAAAUGAUCACAUGAAAGUAGCAAUAAGCAACUGUUACUGUCGAGGUUUUCAUUUUAAACAUGUUGCAUUUAUAAUAGUCACAGUAGGGGCGGGUGGGCAAUAUAAACCAUUUAAGGUAGAAACGAUGUAAUAUUGGGUAAUGAUGGUGUUUUUGGCAAUACCACGAUACCGCCAUAACACAUGACGUCACUAAGAUGUGCACCCUGCUGACAUCGGGACAACAGAGUGGCAGUGACUGCAAGCAUGGCGUGGGCGGAGGAGGAGGCCUAUAGGCCUCAAGUGGCAUAUAUUUGCCACAUGAGGAUAUUUAAAAGCAUGUCAUUUUGACAUAUAUAAACAGAGGAAAAAAUAUGUCGCAAUAUAUAUCGUUACCGCACAUGCUUCAGAUUAUAUCACAAUAUAGAUUUGAGGCCAUAGCGCCCAGCCCUAAGUCACAGCUAACCAGCGUUCUGCAGUUCGGUCUGCCACUUGUUACACAUUUUACGGGAAGGUAAAUAUUCAGUUUGUCACAAAGUUGUGGUUUUCCUGUCUUGCAAACGGAUGUUAAAAAAGACGCUUUGUGAAUUUGCACCAUUUACAAUCGUUUUUUAAACACAGCCUUGCUCUGAUAUAACUGUGACGUGUCCACCUUAUCAGAAUGGCUGGUGUGACAACGUGGUUUUAACACCAAGAAGUCUUAAAAAUAAGAUUUCUGAAUCUGCUGAAAUGAUUUAUUCCCAGUUGUGCAUUAACCAGCAGGUGACACACAAAAGAAGUGUACGUUAUUUAUAAUAAACACCUCCUUCUUUUAGAAAAUGCUUUUCCCAUAAUGUAAGGGAUUAAUCAAAUGAAGGCAUUUAUCUUAAUUAGCGUACAAAUGUUAUCAUUAGCCUAAAUGUUUUCCUACAUUCUCUCUUUGCUUCUUUGUUUUCUCUCCCAUGUUUUCCCUAACUGGGGAAGCUUAUUAAUUAUUUGCUUUCAUCUAUUAGAAAAAACAAAAAACUAUGCAAUCAAAUUGACAUUUAAAGCUGGUUUGCCAUUUGCCAUCAUAGCAUUUUGAAAUGCCACAUUUCUUAAGAAAUGGCUUUAAAUACAAGAUCAUUUGUACCUGUUUUACUGUUUUUAAAUCACUAAUCUUGUUUCUGACUUUGUCCAUUUGAGCUCUUAGUUUUUAUGACAUUAGUUGUGUUUCUUUUUUCAAAUGAACCAUCCGACAUGCUUUGAUUUAUGACUUUAUUGCUGAUAUGUUGGCAUUGAGUUGAUGGUUUUCAGUGGUGUUUUGUUGUUGUUCUUCUGUUUUGCAUUUGCAGUGGUGACCAUAACGCAUUUGUUUCCUCCUCAGAUAAGCCAUGAUCCCCAUCACAGAACUGCGGUACUUUGUGGACACACAGCCAGCGUACCGCAUCCUGAAACCUUGGUGGGAUGUGUUCACCGACUACAUCUCAAUUGUUAUGCUAAUGAUUUCAGUAUUUGGCGGGACUCUUCAGAUCACCCAAGACAAGAUGAUCUGCUUGCCCUGCAAAUGGGUCAUCAACGAGACCUGCCAGAAGAUUUUUGGUUCUAACCCAUCUACAUCGUUGUUCUUGGAGCCAAAAGGAAUCCAGUACGAUCUGGACCGUCACCAGUACAAUUACGUUGAUGCAGUGUGCUAUGAAAAUCGAUUGCACUGGUUCGCAAAGUAUUUCCCGUACCUAGUAUUACUCCACACCCUUAUUUUCCUUGCUUGCAGUAACUUUUGGUUCAAGUUUCCUCGGACUAGUUCCAAACUAGAACACUUUGUAUCCAUCUUGCUCAAAUGCUUUGAUUCUCCGUGGACAACCAGGGCACUAUCUGAGACGGUGGUUGAAGAAAGUGACCCCAAACCAAUUAAAAUGAACGGCUCAGUGGAUCACAAGGAGUCUGUAAUAAGCGAGGAUGUUGAAGCAAGUGUUCCGAUGCUUCAAAGGACAAAGACACGCUUUGAGCAGGGUAUCGUAGACCGAACAGAAACGGGUGUAUUAGACAAGAAGGAAGGAGAACAAGCAAAAGCUCUGUUUGAAAAAGUGAAGAAGUUUCGUACCCAUGUAGAAGAAGGAGACAUUGUGUACCGACUGUACAUACGUCAGACAAUUAUCAAAGUCAUUAAGUUUGUUUUCAUAAUAUGCUACACAGGGUAUUACGUACACAACAUUAAAUUUAGUGUGGACUGUUCUGUAAACAUAGAGAGCUUGACUGGAUACAGGGUCUACCGUUGUGCUCACCCACUGGCCACUCUUUUUAAAAUCUUGGCCUGUUUCUACAUUAGUUUAGUGGUGGUGUAUGGUCUGAUCUGCAUGUACACGCUGUGCUGGAUGCUCCGGCGCUCCCUGAAGAAAUACUCCUUUGAGUCGAUUCGGGAAGAGAGCAGCUACAGCGACAUACCCGACGUGAAGAAUGACUUUGCUUUCAUGUUGCACAUGAUCGAUCAGUACGACCCUCUGUACUCCAAACGCUUCGCUGUGUUCCUGUCAGAAGUUAGCGAAAACAAGCUGAGGCAGCUGAACCUGAACAAUGAAUGGACUCUUGAUAAGCUCAGGCAGCGGAUAACCAAGAACUCUCAGGAGAAGCUGGAGUUGCACCUUUUUAUGCUGAGUGGAAUUCCAGAUACAGUGUUUGAUCUGCUAGAGUUGGAGGUUCUCAAGCUGGAGCUCAUCCCGGAUGUCACCAUCCCGCCCAUCAUCGCCCAGCUGGUCAGCCUGCGAGAGCUGUGGCUUUAUCACACCCCAGCCAAAAUUGAAGCUCCAGCCUUAGCAUUUUUACGUGAGAACUUGAAGUCUCUGCACAUAAAGUUCACCGAUAUUAAAGAAAUUCCCUUAUGGAUUUACAGUUUGAAGAAUCUCAGCGAGCUUCACCUCACGGGGAAUCUCAGCGCUGAAAACAACCGUUACAUUGUCAUCGAUGGACUUCGAGAACUCAAGAGGCUCAAAGUUCUUCGCCUCAAAAGUAAUCUUACCAAGCUACCUCAAGUUGUGACCGACGUGGGCAUGCAUCUCCAGAAGUUUUCCAUUAAUAAUGAAGGCACCAAGCUGAUGGUGCUGAAUAGCCUGAAGAAGAUGGUGAACCUUACAGAACUGGAGCUCAUUCGCUGUGAUCUGGAGCGCAUACCACACUCCAUCUUCAGUCUGCACAACGUGCAGGAAAUUGAUCUGAAGGACAACAACCUGAAGACCAUUGAAGAGAUAAUCAGCUUCCAACACCUUCAUCGACUGGUCUGUCUGAAGCUCUGGUAUAACCAAAUUGCUUACAUUCCUAUUCAGAUUGGCAUGUUGGUCAAUUUGGAAAAGCUGUACCUGAACAGAAACAAGAUUGAGAAGAUACCCAGCCAGUUGUUUUACUGCCGCAAACUGCGUGUCUUGGACUUGAGCCACAACAACCUGACCAUUAUACCAACAGACAUCAGCGUUCUCCAGAAUCUGCAGUACUUGGCUGUGACAGCCAACAGGAUCGAGACCUUACCAAAUGAGCUGUUUCAGUGCAAGAAACUCCGUACUUUGAACCUGGGCAACAACUGCCUCCAAUCUCUGCCAUCGCGGUUUGGAGAGCUGACGGCGCUGACGCAGCUUGAGCUCAGAGGAAACCGUCUGGAGUGUCUGCCAGUGGAGCUGGGAGAGUGCAAACAGCUGAAGAGAACCGGCCUGGUGGUGGAGGAGGACCUGUUCAAUACUCUGCCCACCGAGGUGAAGGAACAGUUGUGGAAAGCUGACAAAGAACAGACUUGAACAGGUUCGCCAGUAAAAAUAUAGCAAUACCAGACAUCUUGGUGUGGAAACUUAAGGAAAGCCCACGCCAGCCCUGAUGUAUGCAGAAGCAGGAGGCUCUAGAAGAACAGCCAGUAAAGUUAGGAACCAGUACUCAGUUUGGCAGAACCAAAGUGCUGACUCUGGCAGCUGCUGGUUGUUUCUCAACCAUUUUCAACACUUUUCAGGCCAGUGUCAUUGUGAUGAGGAGCAUUUGUUUACAAUAUAAGAAUCACUUUUAUGAUGUUGCUGUAAAAAUAUGAAAAGCUGGACCAACAUUUUUAAGCGCACAGGUUACUGUUUGUCACAAGAAAUGUAUACUUUCUCUUUGGUCCAAGAUAAAUGCACCCUAAAAAUCACUCGUUCAGGUUAAAGGAAGACCGCCAGCCCUAUAAGUGAAGCCACUAAUCUGUAGUGGUGUUUAUCGGUGCACACUGGUUAUUUUGUCUGUAGUCCGUUUUUACUAAAGGCCUUUAAAUAUUUCAAAUGUGCAGUGUUUCAGUUCCAGUUGUGGAUUGUUUUUGUUAUUUUGUUCAGGCAUCUGUAGGGAUUAGAUUAUUGGAUAUCCUGUCGUGUGUGAUGCAGCCAUUGUCCUUCAGUCUGCACAGAACCGAGCCAUCCCACAUGUUGAUGGAAGAGUGGGGCAGACUUGCUGUUUUAUUUUUGCUCUGAUGUCUCUUUCGUCUCUUCCUGGGGACAUUUCACCACACCGGUAUUUACACAAGUCCUUCCAUGUCUCAAAGGCAUCCAGCAUUGUUUAUUUUUGUACUUUGUUAAACUUAAUAUGUUUACUUUUAAACAAGCUUUAGAAAAAUAAUCAUUUAUUAUUUGUUACCUUAAGAUUCAGAAUUGUUUGAAACCACAUGCACCUUUGGAAAGGAAACCAAACACUUUUAGUUUAUUGUCUCUGAGAAAGUAAAAAAGUCAUUUAUUUACAUGAAUUUAAGAGGUUCAAUUUUGAGUUGCUGCCUUAAAAUCACAAGUCCUAAGUUCACACCUUGCAGGAACUACAUUGUUGGACUAAAAGUCGAUAAUUGUUUUAUUAUUUAGUUUUCUCUUUGGAGCACAGACGAAACGUUUGCAGUGAUUACUGCACAAUACGUGACCACAGUUGUCUUGUUUACCUCUAAUAUUUAAAUAAAAGUCAACAUAAGCAAUAUACGCUCUUGUAACUCGACUGAAAAGUGUGGAAGUACACGCCACUGUGCGUGUAUCUUAGCAGUGUGUUUUAUUUAGCUAAACUGUGCAAUAUGGCCUGCAUUUAAACUAUAUGAAAGGUUGUUGUUUCUGUUUUUACUGUUCAUUCCUUUUGUCCCGUGCUCCUCACUGUUGGCGUAAGACUUUAAACUAGGACAGGUUAUAGAAACGCGUCGGACCCGAACAAUGCUUUUGCACUACGGCACCUUUAGUCCCCGGUUUUCUUUUCUCCAACUGUAACACGGAUACACUUUUUUGUUUCAUACAAAUUAUAAUUUGUACCGUUUUUUUUUUUUUUUUGGUCUGGCACUUGAAUGACUGUCAGCCAUGAGAUGAAAGUGGCAUUUUGUUGACUCUAACCACUUUUUCAGUGACCCGAAGCAUGUUAGCGAUACACGUCUUAGCUAAACAAUGCAGAUUUUUAGAUGAAGAAAUCUCUGAAUUUUAUUUAGAAGUGUUCUGGUGAGUAAAGGGUAUUGUUGCUAGUGACAUGGUAUUAGUGACGUUUUUUAUGUUAAAUGUGUGCUGAUUUUAAUUCACUUUCACUAUUUUUUGUGACAUAAAGGUUAAAGAUAUUAUUGUUCAACUGAACUCAGGAAACCAGCUAGUAUUGAUCCUUUUUUAUUGGUUGCCUUUUUUCUUCACCACCCGUAGUAUUAUGAUUAAUUUAAACCAAUAUAAUGUUAUUUUGUAUGCAUUUCUAUAUAGUUUCUAUGUUGAUGGUUUAAGCAGGAUGUGCUUGUGUUUCAAAAACAAUUAGGUUUAUUGUCACGUGUGAUUUUAAUCAUCAGUAUGCGAUAUUUAAGCAUCGUGUCUGUUGUAUUUAUGAGUCACACAGGUCAAGUGUGUGUGUGUGUGUGUGUGUGUGUGUGUGUGUGUGUGUUUGCCCGUGCGUGCGCGCACACACCAAUUGCGUGAUGGGAUGUUUGUACCAUGCACACUUCACAUGUAAAACCAUCAUUCUGGGUACAGUUACCACUGUCAAAACCAUUGCCAAGAAAAACAAUUUUGGUUUUGUGAUUUUUUUUCUUUUUUUACAAAGAUUUAAAAUACAAAAUAACAGUAUUGAUGUAAGCUUGGAUCAAUAUUUUAGUAUUCUGUUUGAACUAGUCUCUUUUUAUGUCUUGUGCACCAUCCUCUACAAACAAUAAAAUUUGGUUGGUUAACUAA